AUGGUGGACGUUGCUCACUGUCAGUGGUGUGGUGAAGAGGACGAAACUGCUGCUCAUGUGAUCUUUCACUGUGUGCGUGUGAAGGAGCUAUGGGAGGAGAGUGAGUGUGCUGCUGCUGUGCUUCAAGAAGGUGAGUCUAUGUGUGAUAUUCUUGUGCGUUGGGGUGAGGUAGGGAGGAAGGUUAAGCAACGGGCUGCAAUCCUUGCUUGGGUGAUUUGGAUGGAAAGAAAUGAUAAAAUUUUUAGCGACAAAACCACCCCCAAUGAUGUCUUGCUUGCGAGAGUAUAUAAAGCCGUAGAAGAACAUGGGUUAUAUAGCAAGAAAGUAUAUGCAAUUUCAGCAGCAAAGCAACAAGCUAGCAGCAACAAAUGGAACCCGCCACCUGUAGGGGUUGUGAAGCUCAAUUCGGAUGCGUCAUUGAGUGAGGAAGGUUGGGUUGGUAUGGGUGUUAUAGCUCGCGAUAGUGAAGGUAAUGUGCUCUUUGCUGCCACAAGACGAGUUAAAGCUUGGUGGCCUCCGGAGAUUGCUGAAGGGAAAGCCAUGCUUCUUGCUGUAAAGCUGGCUAAGAGGUUUGGGUAUGACAAUGUCAUACUUGAAUCGGACAACCAAGUUCUCAUAACUCGCCUCACUAAAGUUUCUGUCUAUUUAUCAGAUUUCGAUGUAGUUUUGGAGGAUAUUCUGUCGACCAGUAGUGCUUUUAUGUCUUUUCUUUGGUCUCAUGUUAAAAGGGAUGGUAACAUUGUUGCCCAUCACCUUGCUAAGCUAAUGCCAUUUGGUGUUGAACAGGUUUGGGUGAAUCAUUGUCCUGUAAUGAUCUCCCCUUAUGUACUCUCGGACAAAUUGUCCAUUGAUUAA